GUUGUGAUUUUGAAGGAGUUUGUCGACAUGAAAGCUAAGGUUUUUCUCAAGAUUUUCCUCUUUAUUAGCCUCUUGAGGAGUUCGCGCUCGACCACGGAAGGAACAUGUAGCAGAGAUGAAAGUGGGGAAUGUGGUGAUGAUGACGCGAUGAAGGAGAAGGCAAGAAAUAAGUAUAGUCAAGAGAGUAAUACAAAGUGGGCCCAUCACCUAGCUCAGAUUGAGGAUUCCAUAGCCUCAUACAAGAACUGUGAUCCUGAGAAAUGUUCUUGCCACUAUCCACUUAUCAAGAAGGACUUGGCUGUUUUCAAAAAUGGAAUUGGCAAGGAUGUACUACAGGCUGCCAGGGACAGUUUCCCCACAAUGUAUGGUAUUGAACAUUUCAUUCUAAAGGUAAUUGACAAGCUACCAGACCUAGAGAUGGUGGUAAACACGAGAGACUGGCCACAGGUCGAUUACCGGUUUGGGAAAAAGCUACCUGUCUUUUCUUUCAGCAAGACUUCCACAUACCUAGACAUCACUUAUCCUGCCUGGACCUUCUGGGAGGGGGGGCCCGCCAUUGGUCUGUACCCCAUGGGACUCGGCAGGUGGGACUUAUUGCGAAAAUCUCUCCGCACGGCCUCAGAAAAGUGGCCCUGGGAGGUCAAGGAGAGCAAGGGAUUUUUCAGGGGUUCCCGAACAAGUGCUGAGAGAGACCCUUUAGUCUACCUUUCCCGAGAAGAACCUGACCUCGUUGAUGCUCAGUACACCAAGAACCAAGCCUGGAAAUCAGAUGCAGAUACUCUUUAUGCGCCACCAGCAAGUGAAGUCCCUCUAGAAGACCACUGCCAGUACAAGUACCUGUUUAACUUCCGUGGGGUUGCAGCCAGCUUUAGGUUCAAGCACCUCUUCCUUUGUCAUUCCCUUGUAUUUCACAGCGGUGAUGAGUGGAUUGAGUUCUUCUACCCUAGGAUGAAGCCAUGGGUCCAUUUUACCAAGAACCUAAGAACAUACCCUAAGGAACUCCUGAAAUUUGCUAUGGAAAAUGACGAUGUAGCCAUGGCAAUAGCAGAAAGGGGCUACGAGUUCAUACGAGACCACCUCAGAAUGAAGGAUGUACUGUGCUACUGGAGGAAGCUGCUUCAGUCCUAUGCAGAACUCCUUCAGUACAAGCCAGUCAAGGAGGCAGGAGUGUAUGAAGUUAGACCUAGAAUGUAG